UCCUUGGCACUCUACCCAUACGCAGCAGCUGAGGGUCCGACCUUAGCCACCUGACCCUUCUAGCUCUUCCUUUUGGGAGGAGGGCACGCCUGCAAUGCCUGCAGUUGUGCUACUAUGAUGUUUGCAGCUAGUGUACAGCAUGCACUAGUAGUGCCUCCCUGUGGGGAAGUGAGGAGAUACAGAUCCACCCCAUGACCAGAAGCCAAGGGGCUCCAGAUUUAGUAGCAGUCUGGAAGCUGGGGAUGGAACCUGAGCCCUGCCCUUGGUGUUUAGCUUUGGGGUCUCAGUUCAGCAAAGCCCAUGAAGGUGCCAAGUUCUGCUUGGAGAACAGUGAUCAGACAAAUAAGAUAUAACAAGGGCUGUGAACUAGAGAGGGCCCCUUAGCCAGCGCAGCGCUCCAUCUGCAACCACAUGGCUUUUCUGGACUGCUGCACCUCACCCACUUCAAGACAGUUGAGCAGGAUGCAAACAAAGAUGCCAAAUUAGAAGCAGCCAAGGAAGAUGACGGCCAGUCUGAUCCAAAAGUGCUGGAAGGCAUAGAAAGCCUCACCAUAUGGACUUGCCCUUUUGGUCCUUGCUGCUGGUACAGGAGGCAGUGAGGAUGUUUCUCCACGGGCUGGGGCUGCUUAUUUGUUGAUGGCUGAUUCUCUCUGAUUACUCUCUGGGGACCCAGAAUAGGAUGGGUGAUGGACCUGUGAGGGGAGGUUCUGCGGGCAUCAAUGCCAGUCUCCAUGGAGCCGUUGCUCCCCACUCAGUGGGCGUGGAACUCCUCCAGACCAGGACGACUGCUCCAGAUGUCCCAGAACUCCGCACAUCCCAAUUCCAGCCUGGACACCAAGACCAAGGACGUGGCCUCAGAGUCUGUGGGGCUCUUCUUCAUGCUCUUGAUUGACCUGACGGCCAUCAUGGGCAAUGCUGCUGUGAUGACUGUCAUCAUCAAGACGCCCGCGCUGAGGAAGUUUGUCUUUGUUUUCCACCUCUGCUUGGUGGACCUCUUGGCAGCCCUCACCCUCAUGCCCUUGGCCAUGCUGUCCAGCUCUGCCCUUUUUGACAGCACCAUCUUUGGUGAGGUCAUGUGCCGCGUCUACCUUUUCCUGAGUGUCUGCUUCAUCAGCAUGUGCAUCCUCUCCAUUUCAGCCAUCAACGUGGAGCGCUACUACUAUGUAGUGCACCCCAUGCGCUAUGAGGUCAAGAUGACUGUCAGCCUGGUGGUCUGUGUCCUGGUGGGGGUGUGGAUCAAGGCGGUGGUCAUGUCUGUCAUCCCUGUGGUUGGGUGGCUGUCCCCCGAUCGCUUUGCCAGCUCCCCAGCCCCUCAUGGUCGAGGCUGUUCGCUGCAGUGGAGCCAUAGUUCUUACUGCAAGUUCUUUGUGGUUUUCUAUGCUGUCUUUUAUUUCCUCCUGCCAGUCCUGAUCAUCCUUGUGGUCUACUGCAGCAUGUUCAAGGUGGCCAGAGUGGCUGCCAUGCAUCACGGCCCACUUCCCACUUGGAUGGAUACCCCACGGCAGCGGUCAGAAUCGCUCAGUAGCCGGUCCACCAUGGUGACUAGCUCUGGAGCCCCUCGGACUACUCCACAGAGGACGUUUGGGGGAGGGAAAGCUGCUGUCAUUCUCCUGGCAGUGGGAGGGCAGUUUCUUUUCUGCUGGUUGCCCUAUUUCUCUUUUCACCUCUACACAGCCCUGAGCUCCCAGCCUUUGCCUGGCCAGCAGGUGGAGAGUGUCGUCACCUGGAUCGGCUAUUUUUGCUUCACUUCCAACCCUUUCUUUUAUGGGUGCCUCAACCGGCAGAUCCGCGGAGAGCUCAGCAGGCACCUCACCUGCUUCUUCAAGCAGCCGCCGGAGGAUGACCUCAGGCUGCCCAGCCAAGAGGGCUCCAUCGAGGAGAAUUUCUUGCAGUUCCUUCAGGGGACAGGCUGUAACGCAGAGACCAGGAACAUUCAUGCUCACGCCAGUCCCAAGAGGGACCAGCCCACCAUUGACUUCCGAAUCCCUGGACAGAUUGCCGAGGAGACCUCGGAGUUCCUCGACCAGCACCUGAACAGUGAUAUCACCGUCCCUGACAGCUACAUCAGGACAGCGCCUUCGCCCAAGCCUGAGCUGUAGCACUACUUUGCACUUGACAAUCUCGUUCUAUGAAUGUGUGGAACAAUGCAGAAGCCAGCUGCCAGCGGCAGUGGUGGUGGUGGUGGUGGUGAAUACCAAACCCAACCAUGGUGACUGAAUCUGCAUCCUUCUGCCUCAGUGCCCAACCUGGAAAGCAGCAGGGCCUGGUGUUUGAGUCCUUCUGGUUAGUUUAGAUUGGUGUUGUGGCAUUUCUGAUUAAUCCCUUUUUCACUUGGUUUGGAAGCAGAAAGAGUCCCAGGCUCCCCAGACUUCCUCUGUGUCCCUUGCAAGUUUCCAAAAGAGCUUUGACAUGGUUUGGUCUCCAUUUCCAUUUCCUCUUGACCCUUUUUACUCCGAUUUCUGCCCUUUUCCCAUCCCAGUAGGAAAAUAAGGAAGACAGUGGGCUUCCCAGCACUCAACCCUGCAGCUCCAAUGGUUUUCCCAACCUGGGACCCCAUUGAGGAGAAGGGGCAUGGAGAAGGAAGGGAGAGAUGCCCCUUGCUGGUGUUUGACCAAGGCAUGGCCAACCCUCCCCCAUCUCUGGGAGCAUCAGGGGGAGAGGGCAUUGAGAGGAACCAGUGCAAGCCAGGAUUGCAGUAGAACAAGUGGCCUUUUACCUCCAGUUCCCCACAGGUUUCCUUUGAACCAGCACAGUCUCCUCCCUUGCUCUCCAUCUUGCAUGCCCUGAGCUGGGCAUGGGCUCCAGAACAAUUUCCUUCCUUCUCCUUUGGUCUUCCAGCAAUCCCCACCCAGCUUAGCCUGUCCUGGCCUGGCCUUUCUCCAUCUCCUCCAAAGUGCUGCUUGUGUUCGUGGCCCCUGCCCCAAGAGGGAGGCAAGGCCCAGGAGCAAGUCUCUUCCCACUCCGGCUCCUGCCUGAGGGGAUGCUUUUCCCCAGGUGAGAGUGACUUGGGUGCUGAGCCCAGG